UCCAAAAAUGAGCAACAGUCUUAAUUGUGCAUUGUUCCAGUUGAGUACAGCAGAACGAACCUAACAGUAGCAGCAGAAGAAGCAGAAGCAUCCUUAGAACCUCCCAGAACGUCGUGGACUUAACCCGAACCAACCAUGAAAGUGUUUGUAGUGUUAAGUGUACUGUUGGUGGCCGCUUCGGCGCGUCCAGAACCUCCGGCGCCCGGUGGCUAUCCGUCCUACUCGGCACCCUCGUUCAGCUCGGCCGGUGAUCUCGGAGGGCCGUAUGCUUCCAGCCAAGGUGGCGGCGGCGGUGGUUACAACUACCAACCAGCCACCCAGGUCGUUCAGAAGCACAUCUACGUCCACGUGCCCCCGCCAGAGAAGGAAGAGCCCAGCUAUCCCCGAGUAGUCCAGUCGGCCACCCCCCAGAAGCACUACAAGAUCAUCUUCAUCAAGGCCCCAACCCCUCCCCAACCGAAGGCCCCGAUCAUCCCGCCGCCAGUCCAGAACGAGGAAAAGACCCUGGUCUACGUCCUGCACAAGAAGCCCGAGGAACCGGAGGAGAUCGUCCUGCCAACGCCACCACCAACCAAGCCCAGCAAACCGGAAGUCUACUUCAUCAAGUACAAGACCCAGAAAGAGAAGAAGCCCGAAUACGGCCCACCCAAGCAGGAAUACGGAGCCCCAACUGGCGGAGCCGGUGGCCCAUACUAAGUGCCUCCACGGCGGAGGAACAGCUGGACCCGAACGCGGACCCAGACCCGGACCCCGACCUGGACCUGGACUACCACAACGGAAGCGGCCGCCCUCGACGACGGAUGCUGAUAUCGAUUCCAAUGAUACUACUGAUGUUGCUGAACUACUACAGCCAACGCGAAACAUGCUGACCAAUUGGUGCGAAUGUGCGAGCGAGAGAGCGAACCUUAAUCCCAAUUUUUAUCUAAUUCUUCUGUUCCUAGCCUGUAAGAUUAUGAUUAAUCCGGACUGCGAACGUUUUGGUUUCAGCAAAACCGUGUCGCAGUUCUGCGCUUUUUACGUGUAUAUAGGACCGUAGAAAUUCCUAUGCAAACAUCUGUUCUUAGCGAGCCAUAGUCGAAUCAAUCAUUAUUAUGUUAUUUAUUACGUUAUUGCAAACAAAAAAGCAUAUCUAGUUGAAGUAAAAAAAUCUAACGGUGACAAAUUUAAGAAA